AGAUUGAAGUUUAUAUGUUAGAUGUGUAAAUGCAUGGAAAUUGAGUGGUGUGUGUGUGUACUUAAUUCUUCUAAAUGCAGGAUAUGGUGGUAGGGGGGACUGAAACAAGUUCAAACACCAUAGAAUUCGCCAUGGCUGAAAUGCUAAACAAACCAGAAACGAUCAAAGAAGCACAGAAAGAGCUGGAGAGAGUAGUAGGCAGAGACAACGAAGUAGAAGAAUCGCACUUACCCCAUCUCCACUACCUCAACACGAUCAUCAAAGAAGUUCUCAGGCUUCACCCCGCCCUGCCCCUCUUAGUUCCGCACUGCCCAAGCUCGCCGUCCGCCGUCGGGGGCUUCGCCGUGCCGAAGGGAAGCCGAGUGUUCAUCAAUGUGUGGGCGAUUCACAGAGACGAAACGCUGUGGAAGGAUCCGUUGGAAUUUAAGCCUGAGAGGUGGAAUUGCGGGGGCGACGCAGCUGAAGGGGAGUUCUGCUACUUGCCCUUUGGAUCCGGGAGAAGAAUUUGUGCGGGGAUUUUAAUGGCGGAGAGGAUGGUUUCGUACGCUCUGGCUUCGCUUCUCCAUUAUUUUGAUUGGGAGUUGCCUCAUGGAGCAUUAGGGAUUGAUGUAUCGGAGAAGUUUGGGAUUGUUUUGAAGAAGGCGGAGCCCCUCGUUGUAAAGCCCGUCCUGAGGGUCUCCAAUUUGGAGCUGUUUUGUUAA